UUGCGUUGACAGCCUCGAGCCGAUCCCAAACUGGAAGCGACUUUAUUAAAGUUGGCGCCGCACAAGGCACCAGCGUCCGUGCGUCUGCUAGCGCCGUUCUGGAUUAGUCAGUGUUUAGUACUAAUAUUAUGUCAUUGAUUGGUAAUUAAUGCACGGCCAACCCGAACCCUCGAUCGGCGCUGUUGCUCUGCGUCUGCGCCUCUGCGCCUCUGUCUCGCACUUCACCAGUUCCUUCUCUUAUAUCCCUCUUCCCUUCUACUUCUCCACUUCUCCUCCUCUGCUCUGUAUCUCUUCUCUACAGCUACUUCUCUCCUCAUCUCUCUCGCCAUGUCGGACCUCUCCCUCUGGUCCUCCAUUUGCUCCCUCUUCUCCCUCGACUACAAGCCCUCCCACCACCUCUCCCUCUUCGCCCCCAUCUCCUCCUUCCUCGCAAAACCUGCCUCCCUCUUCUCCUCCCUCUUCUCCUCCUUCUUCUUCCGCUCUACCACCCCCAAGUCAACCUCCUCUCCCUCCAAGUCCAUCACCUCCCCCUCAAAAGCCCCCUCCACCCCCGACGAUGUCCAGCUCUUCCCCCAAAUCAUCCUAGACCUCCGUCUCACCGCCUCCCCCUCCGCCCUCUCCGACACAAAAACCGCUACCCCCUGCGCAACCGACCCCACCGCCACCCUCCACCAGGUCCACAAUGCCGGCGGCGAGCUCGUCGGCUUCGACCUCGCCGACUCCGGCAUGCAGUCCUCCUACAUGCUCCAGCUCCAACCCCAGCUCCAGUACCAGCCCCAGUUCGUCGCCCCCCAGGUCUUUCCCGCCGUCGACUCGGCAACAGACCCCGGCGACUUCCUCAACAAGCUCGACGAGCUAGAGGUCUACAUCGCCCAGAUGCGCAACCGUCUCUCUGCCGCCGCCGCCGCCGCUGCUUCCACCACCUCCUCCUCCUCCUCCCCUUCCUCCUCCGCCUCGCCCUCUGUCGCCACCUCGCAGACCUCCGCUGACGACCUCUACCAUGCUCUCCCCGCUUUCUCCCUCGACCCCAACGCCCCCCGCGUCGUCCGUCGUCGCAAUGAGCGCCAGAACAUGUACUCCGCUGCCCCCUACGUUCGUCCAUCGUCUGCCUCUGCCUCUGCCUAUGGUCACCAGCACUUGCCCCAGCAGCAGCAGCAGCAGCCCUCCUUCGUCGUUCCCGAGGACCUCUCUUCCUCGGCCUCCUGGUCUUCGCCCGCUGAGUUUGCCGACCAAGAGUCGCCUUCAACUAUCUCCGCCGUCGAAUCGAGCUACUCGUUCGCCCCUGCCCCUGCCAUCAAUGACCCCGUCGAGCAAUUCACGCACCACCACGACUUUGUCGACCUGCAAGGAAAGGAGUCCUCCUUCGACGACCCCUUCUCCGCCCUCGACCUUGUCCACCAGCACGGUCACCAGCAGUCGCAAACGCAAUACGCAAACUCCGGCCUGCUCGUCCAGCCGUUCGUGGCCAUGCAUAACAACUCGCUCGAUGACCAGCAAAUGUUUAUGCACCAGCACCAGUACGUCGGCCAGCCUCCAGUCUCGAUGCAUAUCGCGAGCCCUUCCUCGAGCAUAUCAUCGCCCCAGACCUCCACCGGUUCGUCGUCGUCGGCAAACUCCCCGGCCUCCUCAAACUCGUCACCGUCGUCCUCGCCGCCAAAGUCGCACGCUGGCGUGGCCUCUCCUGAUCAGUCAAUCAUGAUGGGCUCCGACACAAACUCGUCGCCCAUGCACAUGAACUCUUCCUCGCAGCCUACAUUCCAGUGCCCGCACUGCCCGUCAAAGUUCCGUAUUAAAGGCUACCUGACACGGCAUCUCAAGAAGCACGCCAUGAACAAGGCCUACACAUGCCCGUUCUACGAUCCUACUUCGCCGUCCCCGUGCCAUUCCACCGGUGGCUUUUCUCGACGAGAUACCUACAAGACCCAUCUCAAGUCGCGGCAUUUCGUCUACCCUACCGGCACCCGAAGUGAUCAGCGCGCCGGAAUGAGAGGAUGGUGUGCGGCCUGCGGAGUCAUGUUUGAUUGCAACGAGAACUGGGUCGAGAACCACGUUGAAGGCGGAGAAUGCGGAGCUUUUCAGUCGGUGCCGAUGUACGCUUGAUUGAUUUUUUUGUUAUUUAUUUAUUUAUUACUCGAUUUACUUGAUUAUAUCUGUUUACUACUUGAUUUAUCUGUUUACUUGUUUGGGGUUGUUCUUUACUUUUCUUUGGGUAUAAAAUGUAACUUGGGAUUGUUUGUAUUUCUAUAUUGAAGAUGAAAGUCUACUGUUUUUUACAUGUUUUGAUAUCGUUUGCUUUGCUUUGCUAUAUACAAGUGUUAGGAAUAUACUAUGCCUAGAAUCUACUUGCUGCUGCUGCUGCUGCUUGAAAGAGUGCCGAUCUAGAUCCG